CCUUCGUGGAUCAUGAUUCGGCUCGAACUGAGCUCUCUCAUGAAUUUUUGGCGAAGCUGCAAUCGGUGCCGCGCUGGCUGCAACUGAACUUCGAGCGGGUUAUUCAGAUGAAGAAAAGCGACUCGAAGACGAAGAACACUCCGUCUGAGAAGCAGCAAGCUAGUGAUGCCGAUAAUAUAAUCAAGGAGGAUGGGGAGGAGGAACCUACACAGGAUGUUGGAUUCAGUUUUUGCAAUACGCAGAUUGUAUUGGAGGGCGUCCCACGAGAUCUACGGCGCCUCUUAUUCCGUGCAUUUUUCGCGCGAUAGCAUCGAAGUUGAGGGAUAUUCUGAAUCUCAAGAAUUGCCCGCAAUGAGAGUCGCAAAUGCUGGAAUUUUUGAGGACUUGUCGAGAGAUCUAGAAGGACAUCAAGGUGGCGGUGAUCAUGUUCAAAAGGAAGAUGCGAGAAUGAACGAAGGUGAGCACGGUACUGCAGCCCCUACAUCAGAUGAAGCAGAAUCGACUCCAGACUCUGCUGCGAUCAUCAAGCCGAGAUCGAAGAGUAGAAGGUCGGGUUGGGUGAGCACCUCUCGUCUGGUAUCCAAUGCAGAACUAGCGUUAUUUCGUGGCUUUGUCUUGUUUUACCGGAGACAGAUCUUCCUCCGCUACCAGGUACGAGCGCAGCAGCGGUUUCUAGUGUCCUUGGUGAUGAUCCUCACGCCGCUGCUUGCAAGGAACACGAACUUGUACUACUUCUCGGGCUAUCCGCGAGGCGAACUCGCAGCUUCGCUUGUGGUGCCCAUCAUUUUUUGGCUGGAGGACCUCAUAGAGUGGUACUUGAUCACUUUUCGGUUUAGCAUCUACGACGACGAUGGGGUGCGGCACCUCGUGCCGACUGUCCUAAAGCUCUUUCGGCCGGACGACCCAACGGCGUACAUUUUGCAGAUGGCGCUGCUGGGUCAAGCGCUCUACUACUGCUGUCUGCUCUACACGACACGCUGGAGAGCCUAUGAUCUCGGGACAUUGCGCAGCGACACAGGGCAGGAGGACCUUUCAUGGGAUCACAUUUACGAUCUGUGUCUCGGAAUCACAAGUUCCUAGUACUACUAGUACUUCGAAGAAGAUGAAGAAGCGGCGUACGGGCGUGGGACUUUAUCUUUUAUCGUGGUGCGCAGAAUAUCGGACGCAGUACUAAAUGAAAUUGAUACAAGAACAGCGGAACUUAUUGGAUAUGUGCAUCCAGGUCCAGUAGGCUUCUCGCCGACCUUCUCAGGUCUCCACGUGAUUAGGUGUCGAUAUUAAGUAACGAGAAAAUCUCCGGUAGUACCGUGAAAAGUGAAAUAAAGUAAGUAUGAUCGACGUGUAGAAGUAUCAGUAUCGAGUAUAUCAUGUCCGUAGAUCCCUUUUCCUGAUUCUUCUGAAUGUCAUCCUUUGUUGUAACAAACAGGACGAGUGUAAGUAGUCGUUUUUGCAUAUCAGAACCUCUCAGCAGCUCAAUGUUGAUUGGCCUGUGGGCUAGUAGCCUGCGAGGAAAAUUGACAUUAUUGUGGGACUUGCACUCGUUUUCCGUAAAACAUAAACUUUUGUUAACUUCAUUUUUGUCUUGAAGGAACCAUCAGUAGGUAACUAUUUGCAUUUGCUUCUUCGAUUUUCAUUCCUUGUUGCAAUCAAAUAGAAGAAUGGCGAAAAAGUGGUCGCUCGAAUCGGG